CCAUCAAGAUUCAAUUUUUUCGAGCUCGGAAGGUGAUAUUCGUGAUCAGCAUGACCUGGUGAAUCAGAAUAUGUAUAAUAAAGCCAAAAAUAAAUUUCACUGUCAGUUUGCUUUCCGUGCACCUUACAUAAAUAUUCGCAUGAACGUCUAUAAUCGAAGUCUAAUUUUAUAAAAGUUUAGUGCAAUUGCAUGUUUGUACUCGUCGCGAUUAAUUUUUUCCUCUUGCCUCGAUGAACAUAUAUGUUGGCUGACUAUAGUCACACAGUGAUUUCCUUUUUUUGCCCAUACUCGUCAUUGGAUUAGUUGAUUGGAUGACAUUUCAAUUUGAAAUGUCAACUUUUUCUCAUCAUUUCUAUCAUGACCAUCACAUUGUUCAUUUGCACAUAAAAAAAUGAUCUGCCAAGUUCAACGUGUGUUCAUCUUCCUCUUGCUGAAAUUUAGUGACCAGUCCUUCUUAGCUUUCUCAGCUCAAUCAAAAUAUUCGUCUUUGUCAAAUGAUUUUAUUCAUAUUAUUUAUGUCAUUCGGCAUGGUCUCUAUUUUAUGUCAACGGAUAAAAAUACGUCUCAUUUAACAAAAUUUGGUGAAAAACAAACACGAUCAAUCGUCCCAUUGCUUCUUGAUGAUCUUAAACAAUAUUCUGAUGCCAUUGUAAAUCCUAUUCAACGAUAUACGUCCAUCAUUCUCCGAGCUAUAGAAACUGAACAAGUGCUUCAUCGUCAACUGGUGCGUUUAACGCGAAAUGAUUUGAAAUUUUCAAUAAAUGCUACACAAAAAACAUACCUGGUAGAAACAAACAAAGUUCACUUAAUUCCAACGAAGUUUCAAGAUUUUUAUUUUGAUAUCAUUACAAAAAGAAUUUAUCCACAAAGCAAGUCACAAUUUUCAAUUGUUAUCUGUCAUGGAAAUGUGAUGGUUGGAUUUCGGCAAAUAAUUCAAAAUUCGACAAAAUAUAAUUUUAAACAAUCACAAAUGGUUCAAAUCAAAGUGCAGCCUAUGGAUGUACCACAUACUGGUAUUAUGGGUAUGAAACGAUGA